GCCCUUCACGGUGACAUACGUCAACUUUCACAGGUAAUCCUUCAGAAUGCUUCAGAAUACAUUUGGUGCAUGUGCUGAAUGAUGUGAAUUCUGUAAGUAAUAAUACUCAGUCCUGUACAAGAAGGAUGAGCCGCAUUGGAAUAAUCUGCCUCUUUUGGGCUUUUUCAAUGGAGUUUACAUCGUGUUCACAUGCUCAGACAAAGCCCGACUGUGUAACAGAUUACUGGAAAACCAUCAACUGCUCUUUAAAACUACCAGUGACGUCCUUUAUAAACACAUCAUACUCUCUGGGGUUUCAAAAGAACAAGCGCACCUAUAGAUGCCCACUCCAUGCAACACAUGAAGCUCUCAUCUGCACUUUACAAGCAAAUUUCAAUUUCAAGGAUACGGAUAAAUACAUUGUGACACUGCAUUAUAUUGAAAAGGAAAACAAUAUGUCUCCUGUGUUGGAUCGUGGUUUCGCUCCAUCAAUGAACAUUAAACCAACAGCCCCCUUUAAUCUGACGCUAGAAUUAGAAAAUGGAACAUAUGUGGUUUCUUGGAAAAGUGGAUAUGAACAUCAUCCUUACAAAAACUCUCUACUCCCCACAUAUCAAUUCCUGUACUACAAAGAUGGAGAUCAGCACAACGUCAGUGCAAAACAUCAUGUAUAUAAGGAGAAGAUUGAGAUCGGGAAAAAGCUUGAUCCAGGGUCUUCAUACUCAGCUGUUGUGAGGACUGAGAUGCAGAAAAAAAUGAGAUACAAUGGAACAUGGAGUGACUGGAGCAGCCCAGUGAAAUGGAGCACAGCAUACAGAGACGAGCCCUAUCAAGUUGGCAAGAUUUUCAUUGGAGUGCUUUCAUUGCUUGCACUUAUAAUUGUGCCUAUAUUAAUUUCUGCUGCAAGAUUUAAGAUGAAGGAAAUUGCAUUUGUGCCAACACCAGAAUCCUACUUCCAGCCCCUUUAUCAAAAGUACCAAGGCAAUUUUCAGGGCUGGGUUUUGGCCAAAAGUCCUCUACAAAGCAUUCACGUUUUAGAAGACUUCUCAACUAUCGACAAGAUUUCCGAGGUCAUCUACACAUUUCAGGAUCAAACCGAGAAAACGGUUAUUUAUCCUCCUGUGCACUGCCAUCCCUCCUACGUCGGCCCCUCAACGGAGCUCUGGGCCCCGUGUCAAAUGACCAAAACGUGCAGCGAGACGAGUGUCCUGUGUGAGGACUUCUCUGUUUUCUGUGAGGAUCUGCCGGAUAAAGUGGAAGAGCUCAUGCUGUCGGUGAGCUUGGCGUGUCUGAGUGAGGAUGUGGAGUCUCUGAAGGACUCUGCGGUCAGUCUGGAGAGUCUGGAGGACUGUGAGUUCACCCAAGUACCUGUUAUCAUUAACCCAGUGACUGUGUGCUUCAAACAAGAUUACUGCACCCUCACUGACACUCCCAGCGGCCCCGUGCCCACAUUCAGCAGAGAGGGAGAGCUGGAUGAAAAUACCUCUGGUGAUUAAAUGAUUGGGGGCGUCUGUAUAUAUGUGGACAUUCGGAACUGACAUGUAUUGCUUAUAGAUUAGUUAUAGAUUAGAAAUGGCUUCUAUUUCUUUCAGCCAAACAACAGAAAAAAAUGACAAUGAUCACCUCAGCUACACCUCAUGUGCUUUAUUCAGUGCUAAUAAUGUGAGCUUGAAUGCCAUUUUAUAUAACAUUUAUUGCCAUACUACUAAAAGCAGAGGCAUACAGUUCACCUCAGAUCUUGAAAAUAAAAUAAACCGUUUGAGAUUGAACUUUAGAACUGUGCCUUAGUGCAAUCCAACACAUAUCAGUGAUUCAGCAUCUAUAUUUAUUAAUGUCAAAGAGGUUUAAUAUGUGUUAAUUAGAUUUAAAUCUUACCAUUUCGCUGAAGUGCAGUAAGUGUACUAUUCUGUGCUUCUGAAUGGCUGUAUUUACAUUUCUGUCAUGUUUUGUCUGGUGCAAACAGCCCAAUUGCUUCUCACUGGAAAUCUCAUCAUCAGUGCUUAAUUUGUGAAUAGCGAGGUCCUGGAAAAGAUCGGGGUAACAGAUCCGGCAUGUUACACGAGGAUGGAGAGCUGUCGCGCACAA